AUGUACCUGUUCCCCCGUCUCCCCGAUGCCUAUUGCCCUACACCUCGCCCGUCUCCCCGAUGCCUAUUGCCCUACACCGCUCCCGUCUCCCCGAUGCCUAUUGCCCUACACCUCGCCCGUCUCCCCGAUGCCUAUUGCCCUACACCUCGCCCGUCUCCCCGAUGCCUAUUGCCCUACACCUCGCCCGUCUCCCCGAUGCCUAUUGCCCUACACCUCGCCCGUCUCCCCGAUGCCUAUUGCCCUACACCUCGCCCGUCUCCCCGAUGCCUAUUGCCCUACACCUCGCCCGUCUCCCCGAUGCCUAUUGCCCUACACCUCGCCCGUCUCCCCGAUGCCUAUUGCCCUACACCUCGCCCGUCUCCCCGAUGCCUAUUGCCCUACACCUCGCCCGUCUCCCCGAUGCCUAUUGCCCUACACCUCGCCCGUCUCCCCGAUGCCUAUUGCCCUACACCUCGCCCGUCUCCCCGAUGCCUAUUGCCCUACACCUCGCCCGUCUCCCCGAUGCCUAUUGCCCUACACCUCGCCCGUCUCCCCGAUGCCUAUUGCCCUACACCUCGCCCGUCUCCCCGAUGCCUAUUGCCCUACACCUCGCCCGUCUCCCCGAUGCCUAUUGCCCUACACCUCGCCCGUCUCCCCGAUGCCUAUUGCCCUACACCUCGCCCGUCUCCCCGAUGCCUAUUGCCCUACACCUCGCCCAUCUCCCCGAUGCCUAUUGCCCUACACCUCGCCCGUCUCCCCGAUGCCUAUUGCCCUACACCUCGCCCGUCUCCCCGAUGCCUAUUGCCCUACACCUCGCCCGUCUCCCCGAUGCCUAUUGCCCUACACCUCGCCCGUCUCCCCGAUGCCUAUUGCCCUACACCUCUCCCGUCGCUCUCUUCCCUGCGUUCUAACCCUCUUGUCCCUUUUGUCCUUCUCCUUUCCUCUCUCCCCCCACCUCAGCUAUCGUCUGCUGCUUUUCCUCAAGCUCACCUUUUCCGGCCUCAACUUCCCUCCAGGUAA